ACUGCAUCAAUUGAUUGUUCAAGAAAAUAAGCAUGUAAUUAAUUACCCUUUAACUGAAAGUGUUUAUUGAUUAAAAAAACAUCAUAAUUAUCGUUUGUAAAAAUCAAUUCCGAACAGUGAAGAAUUAUAAAAUAAGUGGUGAAAAAAUAAAUAAAGUUGCAGCUGUAACCUACAAAAUAUUAAUUCGUGAUAAUGCAUCUUACACAUUACAUAUCCUUUUUAUUUUUGUAUUGUUCGCUCGACUGCCAUGAACUUUCGGAAGAACCUGAUACUGGAAUAAUUGAUAUCAUUGGACUUCCUGACAUUGAAACCAAACUUCUGUCCAAUAAUCAAUUGCGUAAACGUACUAAAGACACAUCGUGUCCAGGCUGCGUAUCCGAAGUUAAGAACUAUGAUAAACAACUAAUAGGAGACUUGAUUGAUAAGGCACUACACGAACUAUACCUAACGGAAAAUGUGGAAUACUCUCGAGGAAAAAUUAUAAAAGUAAAAUCUGGUGUAGUGGCUGGCAUCAUAUACUACAUAACUUUCCAAGCCACUAAAACUGACUGUAAGAAAAUGGAAUGUCCCAUCGCAGAAUGCCAGACAGAUAUAGUACAGAAGGCAUGGCUUAAUGAAACAAAUGUCAUAUGUGUCGAGUGUAACUGAAUCUUGAGAGUGAUGGUAAUGACAAUCGUAAUUCACAGUAAAAUGUAUUUUAACACUGUCUUGAUUAUACUCUAAAUUAUUUUCAUUGGUUACUUAUUCAUUUAUUUACGUCCCAGACG